AUGGCGGCGCAACUGACUGAGAGCGAUACCGGAAUGGCUGUCACCGCACAGGACAAGAUCACCCUCCGCAAUGCCGAACAAUCCCCACUCCUCCGUCUCCCAGCCGAGCUCCGCACAAAGAUUUAUCAAUACACACUUGGUGGUCUCGAGAUCACGCUCACACGCUCCAUUAUAGCUCAACGUCUGUGCCUGAACUCGAGAGAGCGCGCAGCAAACGACGAGCGGCAUCCUCCAUUUUACAAGCUUCCUUCGCCAUCAGCCACACUGCUAAGCUGCCGGCAAGUCAACUCGGAAGCCAAACUACUCCUCUUCUCGUCCAACCACUUCAGCAUCGAGAGCUUCGAGCCGUUCAUGGAAUUUCUCGAUGCUUUGAGCCCGGCACAACGCAAUGCUAUCGGCACGGUGCGCAUUGUUGGUGUUGGCUUGAACAGGACGCUUGGCAGGCAUGACCAUCACGGUGAUCUGUUCAAUAUCAGUGUAGACAUGUAA